AUGUCUUUGGAUGGCUUUGACUGGAUGUCAGACGUCGCGUAUGGUCUUCAUCGACGAGCUUUCCGGAAGGAAGGCCAAAAGUUUGUACCCUGGGCCUCAGUGGCCAGGGCGGCUCCGACUUUCAAGGUAGCAGGACUUGCUGGGGCGUGGACCACGGGCGACGGGGCUUUUCGUGGUGCGGCGCUGCGCCACGAUCUGCCUGCAAACCGAGUCGUGGAUGCGGCCGUGCGAAGCCGUAAGGCUCAUUUGCCGUUUCGCAUGGUGGAAGUUGGCGUGUUCAAGGGCAACCUCACGCAGCACGUCUGGCAUCGAGCAGCACGGCGUCCAGGUGCUUUUGAACUCCACCUGGUCGACCAUUGGGGGGCCGCCGAUCGGCCGAUGGGUGUAGCCAGCCAGGCAUUGGGCACUGGUUCUGACAUGGGUGGCCAAAGCAACGCUUCCCUUAUGCGCUCCGUGUGGCGAUCCUUCGGGCGCGCUGGAGCUCGGAGGAUGGAGGUGCCGCACUGGCAAGGCUCGAGACAGGCCUGUGCCGCAUUGAAUGAAGCCAAAGCGCGCUUCCGCGCUGACGUGCUCUUCCACCGCAGCACAAGCGUUGGCCCGUCCAGGUGUUUCGAGGAGGACAGCCUCGACCUUGUCUACAUUGAUGCUGAUCACAAGUGGUGGAGCGUAUUGCAAGAUUUGAGCGCCUGGUGGCCCAAAGUCCGGCCCGGUGGACUCAUGAUGGGGCAUGACUUCCAUUUCAACACGCUGAUGGAGCGGGAAGAGCUGGCUGGAGGCAGCAUCAACGAUGUGCCCAUCGCAGUUGGGGCUUUCUUCCGUGCCCCAUUGCAAGUGUUGUUGCACAGUGGAUUCGUGUGGUCAGUCCAGAAGCCGACAAAUUUCGCUACGAAUGUUUCCGAGGUCGCUCUGCAGCGACAGGAGCUGUGUGAUUUGCUGCGGAGUCGGCUGAAGCCCCACGCCACCUUCGAGAUAUGCGACUUGAAAGCGUGA